AUGGCAAACCCGGGCACAAUCUCCACCCGAAUGAGCAAAACAGUGCAAGCAUUCGCCCCCAUCGCCUCUGCGUUGUCAUCCAGAAAAGACAAAACCCAGCCCGCGGAAGGAGACAUCAAUCUCGCCGAUGGCGAGAACACACUAAUGAAGACCGAGAUGGUGGGAAUAUGUCAAGAGGCCAUACAGAAAAGCAUCACCGCAGAGACCUUUGCAAAUCCCGAUGGAUUCAACAGUGAUCCCGUAAUGCGAGAGGCGCUCGCGAAGUAUAUCACCAUGUACUUCCAUCCUGCUAUCCCGGUCACUCCGGAGAACAUUGUUCCUUCUGCUGGAUCGGGGCAUGCGCUGGAUGCCCUUCUCUUCACGAUCUGUGAUGCGGGGGAUAGUGUUCUCUGCCCUGCUCCAGCUUGGUGGGGCUACCAAACCUGGGCCAGCAUCCACGCGAACGUAACCGUCAUCCCGGCCUACAUAGACUCCCCUUCCCCAUCGUCAACAUGGCCCACAGCCAGCUUAUCCAAAGCCAUAAUCCCCGCUCUUGAAGAAGCAUACGCCUCCGCGCCAGACCCCAGCCGCAUUAAGGCGCUGCUCACCUCGAAUCCGAACAACCCUUUUAUGAGAUGCUGGCCGCGCGAUGUGCUGCGCGGGAUGACGGAGUUUUGUCAGAAGUAUGGAUUGCAUUAUGUCUCUGAUGAAGUGUUUGCGAACACUGUUUUUGAUGAGGCGGAUGCAUUCGUGUCUGCUCUUGAGUUGGUAAGAGGUGAUGAUGGUGAUAAUGGGAAUGGGAGUAUUGAUCGGAAUCUCGUGCAUGUGGUAUGGAGCACGACCAAGGAUUUCGGAGCUUGUGGCGUUCGCUCGGGCUGUGCAGUGUCAUACAACCCACUCGUCAAAUCAGGCGUCUCCUACGCAACACUCUGGCAAGUCUCCUCGCUAACAGUACACUUCACUUCAUAUCUCCUCAACUCUCCCUCACUACCGAAUCUCAUUUCGUCCACGCGGAAGCAACUAGCCCAAUCAUAUAAAAUCUGCGUCGAGACAUUAUCUUCUCUCGAGGCAGACGGCAGAGUCGAGAUCUUGCCGGCAACGGCGGGACUCUGGGUGAAUGUCAUUGUUAAUCUGAGGGAUGGAGAGACGACGCAGGAUGUUGUUGCCAGAGCGAAAAAGUAUCGCGUGGCUGUUUUUAGUCAAACUGCGUUUGCGCGGUUCCUGGGGAAGAAUCAGGGGUUGAUUGUGAUUACCUUUGCGCUGGAGGCGGAUGUUGUGAGGGCGGGGGUGGAGAGGUUGAGGGAUAGUUUGCUGUGA